AUGGGGAAGGCCCGCUUCUGUGCUUCUCUCCUUGCCGGCGGGAAUCUACAGGCCCUCACUGCCUCCUCCUGCCCAGAGCUCGGACAUGGAGGAGUGAAUCAGCUUGGGGGGGUUUUUGUGAAUGGACGGCCACUCCCGGAUGUAGUCCGCCAAAGGAUAGUGGAACUUGCUCAUCAAGGUGUCAGGCCCUGCGACAUCUCCAGGCAGCUUCGGGUCAGCCAUGGUUGUGUCAGCAAAAUUCUUGGCAGGUAUUACGAGACAGGAAGCAUCAAGCCUGGGGUAAUUGGAGGAUCCAAACCAAAGGUUGCCACACCCAAAGUGGUGGAAAAAAUCGCUGAGUAUAAACGCCAAAAUCCUACCAUGUUUGCCUGGGAGAUCAGGGACCGGCUGCUGGCGGAGCGGGUGUGUGACAAUGACACAGUGCCCAGCGUCAGUUCCAUUAACAGGAUCAUCCGGACAAAAGUACAGCAGCCACCCAACCAGCCGGUCCCAGCUUCCAGUCACAGCAUAGUGUCCACGGGCUCCGUGACGCAGGGGUCGUCGGUGAGCACGGACUCGGCUGGCUCGUCGUACUCCAUUAGCGGCAUCCUGGGCAUCACGUCCCCCAGCGCUGACACCAACAAGCGCAAGAGAGAUGAAGGUAUUCAGGAGUCUCCGGUGCCGAAUGGCCACUCACUGCCGGGCAGAGAUUUCCUCCGGAAGCAGAUGCGGGGCGAGCUGUUCACGCAGCAGCAGCUGGAGGUGCUGGACCGUGUGUUUGAGAGGCAGCACUACUCGGACAUCUUCACUACCACGGAGCCCAUCAAGCCUGAGCAGACCACCGAGUAUUCUGCCAUGGCUUCACUGGCUGGAGGGUUGGAUGACAUGAAGGCCAACCUGACCAGCCCCACCCCCGCUGACAUCGGGAGCAGCGUGCCUGGCCCACAGUCCUACCCUAUCGUGACAGGCCGUGACUUGGCAAGCACGACCCUCCCCGGGUACCCUCCGCACGUCCCCCCCGCUGGACAGGGCAGCUACUCAGCACCGACACUGACAGGGAUGGUGCCUGGAAGUGAGUUUUCUGGGAGUCCCUACAGCCACCCUCAGUAUUCCUCAUACAACGAUUCCUGGAGGUUCCCCAAUCCGGGGCUGCUUGGCUCCCCGUACUAUUACAGCGCUGCUGCACGAGGAGCUGCCCCACCUGCAGCCGCCACUGCCUAUGACCGCCACUGA